AUGGAGCAACGCCAGCCAGAACAGCGAGGUGUUCAGAGCGAAGCACCCAACGAGCAGCCGCAGAGGUCCGGGGAAAAGGAGGCCUUAGCACUCUUUCGUCGAGUGCAGAAGCACUACCCCUUGGCUAACGACCAGGACUACAAGAGGAACGGCCACUGGCAAGCGGAGCUGUUGCGCAUCGACCUGCAGCUGCUGGAGGCGCAUCGCCGCGAGGUGGGCCUUGCGGAUCUCGACGAGGACGGCGCCGACGCGGAGCCGGAGACCGCGCCGGUGGAGACGGUGGAGACGGCGCCGGAGACGCCGGAGCCGGAGACGGAGCCGGAGACGGAGGAAGAGAUGGUGGAGCUUGAGGAAGAGUUGGAACCAGGGGAGAGCUUGAGGGCCAAGCAGAAUCUGAAGGUGAGGAACUCCGUCGUACCGACAGCUCCGACGCCCAGGACUAGCGUUUACAAACCGCUGAAGACGUCGCCCUUCUUGCGUCCUGAGCCCUACAACGGACAUGCUGAGAAGAGACCUGCCGUGCGCGCCGCUCCGGCCUCGACGGCGUCGGCCUUGGCGUCGGUGCCGGCAUCGAAGACGGCACCGGCGGUACCGGUGAAAGCGGCGGCGGAGUUGGAACGGAUCCAGGAGUUCAUCGAUCUUUGGGAGCUGGAACCUGUGGAGACGAAGAAGUGCCUGGCACGGCUCACGCCACAGAGACGUGCAUGGCUCUAUGAGAACUACGACGGCUCCGGCGACCUCCUGGCGUUCCUCCGUGCCGCGCCAACCGCGACCGCGGCCAGUGCGGCGGCGGCCAGGGUGGCCGCGCCCGAGCAGUUCGGAGGAUUGAUCCGGAACCUCCUGAGCAGCUAG